UCCAGCCUGUGCGUGCACGACGUGGCGCCUCUAGCCUCUCUCCAUAAGGUGGCGCGAUACUUUGAGCGUGGCGUCUGGCGACCAGCAGUCGCCUCCUCCCUCUGCUCCAGACGAGACUAAGGCCUGGAGAAGGGACUGUCGGGAUAGUAGGAAGUGAGGACCGGGGAAGGGGAGUGGUUCAGGGCUGAUGCGCACCGCACCACGCACCAGCUCUGCUCCCCUCGGUGUGGCCCUCAAACGCACAGCGGCGACCAUGCCCCUCCACGUGAGCCUCGCCAACGGCAACCGGGACCUGGACUACGACUCGGUGCAGCCGUACUUCAUGUGCGACGAUGAGGAGGAGGACGUGCACCAGCAGCCGCCGCAGCCGCCCGCGCCCAGUGAGGACAUCUGGAAGAAAUUCGAGCUGCUGCCCACGCCGCGCCCGUCCCCGGGCCACGCCGGGCUCUACUCAGGUCCCAGCGAGGCGGUCGCCGCGUCUUUCAACCCCAGGGAACACGACGAUGAUGGCUUCUUCACCGCAGACCUGCUGGAGAUGGUGCCCGAGCUGCCUGGAGGAGACGCGGUGAAGCACAGCUUCGUCUGCGACCCGGACGACGAGACCUUCGUGAAGAACAUCAUCCUGCAGGACUGUAUGUGGAAUGGCUUCUCGGCCUCCGCCAAGCUGGUCUCCAAGCUGGACCCCUACCAGGCUGUGCGCAAAGAAGGCGCCAGCGCGAGCCCGGCCGCCGACACCGAGCCUGCUACGCCUCCGGACUGCACCUGCAAUACCUGAGCGCACAGCACUGGGCCUUGGGACUGUAAGCUUCAGCCAUGUUAUCGGCCUCAAAUUCCGGGCAUAAAAGAACCCCCUCCCCCUUUUCUUUUUUUUAAAGCUUGCCAUCCUUCCUCACUCCCCUUAACAGAUUUGUAUUUGUUUAGUAAGAAUAUCUUAAAGUUUAUCAAUUUUCCGAUGUCAACUGGACCCUUAAAAUGUAAAUAACUUCAAUAAAACGUUUUAUCAGUUGUA